UGAUGUCAAUCCCAUUGCCCUUCUCUCUUCUCACUCGAAUCUUUCUACUUUAGGAAGUUUUGUAGAUCGUUUGCCCUUUUGGAUUGAUCUGCUUUCCUGGCCAUGGACACUCACAUUUCUUUCUUUCAUGAAUAAAGUACUGAUCUAUCAACUUCAUCGAAUAGACGGCACGGAGUUUACAUGCCAAGAGAACGACUUCUUCUUACUCAAGAUGGACAACAUUUAUCAAAUGUCCAUGGUCUACAUAAAUAAAACAAUAAAAAACAAUAAAGUCCUCAAAGAAGGAUACGAAGCAAUAUAAGACGCUUUAUGUUGAGGCAAGUCAGAGUUCAUGCCACCCGUGAUCUGCAAAUGGCCCUCGAGAACAACAUUAGAAAGGCAAAUCUCACCAAGCCCUUGCUAUACGGACCCGAGCUCGAAAAGUAUCCACCGUUCUUAAUUUUUGAUGAACUGGUCACGAUAGUUUAUCUCAACCAUGAAGGAGAGAAGCGCUUAAUGAGAAUUGAUGAGAUUGCCAAAUAUUGUAAUGGUACAUUGAAGAUCAUCAGGGACAAGAUCAAGCAAAAGAAAGAUGACAUUGAACGAAGACUUGCUGACGCCUCUGAAGCUGAAAUAUAAGAGUUUGACAGACUGAAGGUGGUGCUAGAUGCAAUCAAAAAGCUACUCGAAAAAAGGAGAAUGUUGCGCCAAUAUGAACAUGCUCUAGCACUGCGCACCAACUACUACAAGAGGAAGAAGAAUCAAUAAGAGCUGACCACGGACAUUUGAUCACGAAGGAGGAGAAUGUUAGAGAUAUUUUUAUAGUUGUGAUUAAUGUACUUAAUUGGACCUCUUUUUAGUAUUUAUUGUGUGUUCAAUAGCCUUGUUAAAUAGAAUAGGCUCACAUGCCUAUGAGCACCGCAGUAUCCUUGCAAAAUCC